AUUUCCAAUUUCAACCAUCCCUUAACUCCUUCUUCAAACAUGCUUUAUGCAUUGACAUGCCUACAUAGAUCCAGUCUGUCCAGACAGUAUGGUCACCUGGUGACCCGGACCCUGCACUCACUAUAUCUGGUCUCCCCGGACCCUGCAUUCACUAUAUCUGGUCUCCCCAGACCCUGCAUUCACUAUAUCUGGUCUCCCCGACCCUGCACUCACUAUAUCUGGUCUCCCCGGACCCUGCACUCACUAUAUCUGGUCUCACACAGUACACAGAACAUGGAA